UAGCACAGCGUGUUAGCAGCUAGGGCAGGCAGGCAGACAGUCAGACAGGCUAGUAGACAGGUCCCGAGACCCCUGGAACUGGAACUCUGCAGCCAGUCCCCUGCUGACACAGUGGUGCCGGUCGGACCCCACGGCAACUUCACUCAGCCCCCUUCGGCCGCAUUCCUGCACAAAAGGAUGAGUGCUCAGGUCUGCCACGGGCUCCUCUGAAGGGGGGCCACAUCAGACUCUUUUUUUUUUUUUUCUUUAGCGGUCCACGCCACUACUGCCAGUUGCCUUGCGCAGGGCUUUAGCAGAGAGGAGAGAAAUAUCCUAGAAUUGCCAGACUCGACUCUUGUGUCCCAGUUUGAAAGAUGGAUGAGGGAUAUGAACUUGAUCUGACCUAUGUGACAGAGCGCAUCAUCGCAGUGUCCUUCCCCCGAGGAUGCACAGAGGAAACCUACCUUCACAACCUGAAGGAUGUCACGCGCAUGCUGAAGUCCAAACAUGCUGACAACUACAUGGUAAUUAACCUGUCAGAGAAGAGACAUGACCUUUCGAAGAUGAAUCCCAAGACGCUGGACACGGGCUGGCCAGACCUGCAUGCCCCUCCCCUGGAUAAGAUAUGCACCAUCUGCAAGGCCAUGGAGAGUUGGCUCCAUGCUGACCCGCUUCACGUGGUCGUUAUCCACUGCAGGGGGGGCAAAGGGAGGAUUGGUGUAGUCAUCUCCUCAUUUGUCCAUUUCACAGACAUCUCAGCAAGCGCCGAUCAGGCCCUGGACCGCUUCGCCAUGAGGAAGUUUUACGAUGACAAGGUCUCAGCGUUAAUGACGCCGUCCCAGAAGAGAUACGUGUGGAUCCUGAACAGCCUUUUGAGUGGCUCGAUGAAAAUCAACGCCUCGCCCCUCUUCUUGCACUGUGUCAUCCUCCAUGGGAUCCCCAACUUUGACAGUGGAGGAGUCUGUCGUCCAUACCUAAAGGUCUACCAGGGAAUGCAAGCAGUCUAUUCUUCUGGCGUGUAUAUCAUUGGACCAGGCCAUAGGAACAGGUUAUGCAUCGCCCUGGAGCCCGCUCAACUUCUUAAGGGAGACAUCAUGGUCAAAUGCUAUCACAAGAGUGGAGCCUCCAGUAGGGACAUUGUCUUCAGGCUGCAGUUCCAUACGGGAGCAGUACAGGGAUACAACCUCAUGUUCGAGAAAGAGGAUAUGGAGUGUGCCAAUAAAGAUCCCAGAUUUCCGGACUAUGGAAAAGUGGAGUUGGUGUUUUCCGAGGGCCCGGAGAACAUCCAAGGUGCAGAGCGCUGGCAGAAUGGGCCAGACGUGACCGUGGACUACAGCUUGACCGACCCACUGACCCGAUGGGACUCCUAUCAGAACAUCUGCAAUGGUGAAGUGCCUCAGUCCAAGCCCCAGGCCCCCACUCUGGACAAAGCAGUGGCCGCCAGGAGCCCCAGCAUUGGUGGCAGUAGCAGCGGCGGCGGCGGCGGCGGGGGCGGCGACAGCGGCAGUGGUGGUUCCACCCUGAGGAGGGCAGUAGGGCCGGCCACCUCAGCCACCAGCAGCCCGGAACACAGUGACCACGCCCUGUCCGCCAGCAGCGACUCCGGCCUCUCCAACGCCUCCCUGUGGACCGAGAGGGGCUCCGUGGCGGCCCCCAAAACCCCCGGCCAGGGCCAGGGCCAGGGCCAGGACCAGGGCCCCAGCCAGCAGGAGAAGGCCGCGCUCAAGCGCCUGCUGAGCGGCUUCGGGCUGGAGGAGCCUCCCCUCUUCCACGGAGCCAUGGACGGGGAGCCGGAGGAGGACGGCGUUGUCAUCGGAGGCGGGGGUGUUGGUGUGGGUGUUGGUAGUGGUGUAGGAGGUGUAGGAGUGGACAUUGUGAGCAGCCAUCGGGCCUUGCAGGGGCGCAGCGUCAGCAUCGGCGUCGGCGGCGUGACGCAGCCCAAGGAGCGCGAGACGGACAUCCUGGAUGACGAGGUGCUGACCAUGUCCGGGCACGACCUGCGCAGCGUGGACAGCCUGGGCACGCUGUCCUCCUCCUGCCACAAGAGCAGCCAGAACUCCCUGCUGUCCGACGGCUUCGGCAGCCCCGGCGGCCCUGAGGACAUGGCCCAUCAGCAGCAGCAUCAGCAGCACCAUCUCCAGCACCAUCUCCAGCACCAACAACAUCAUCACCAACACCAGCAACAGCAGCAUCAUCAUCUCCACCUCAACCACAACAACAGCCACCACAUCCAACACCAACACCAACACCAACACCACCACCUUCCCCACCAGCAGCACUCGCUAGCGGGCAUGGACGAGUACGAGGCUCGACGCGGCUGCCUGGGGCCGAGGAGCAACCCGGUGCCCGUCUCGUCCCUGCCGCCAUCCCUGGCCUCCUGCGGUGACUCGGGCGGGUCCCGGGCAGGCUCGUUCCGGCAGGGCAGCUACUCCACGCACACCUGGGUGCAGCAGCAGCAGAUGGUGGCGGCGCAGCAGUACUCCUACCUGGCCGAGGUCACCUCCGCGGCCGACAACUACCACCAUGGAGGAGGAGGAGGAGGAGGAGGAGGAGGAGUAGGAGGCGAGCGCGGUAGCAGCAGCAGCCCGCUGUCGCCCGAGCCCGCCAUAGCCACAGCCGCUGUCAGCGCCGGCGUUACCUUGGCCAAUGUGGAGCAGGGUAACGGAAUGGAUGCGGUUGCCGCCGUCGCCACGGAGGCGCCGGUGCCGGUGCCGGUGACGCCGGCGGCGUCCCAGACGGUGGUCGACAAGAGCCACGACGAAGAGUUCAACUCGCUGACGGUGGACAUAGACAACUCCAUCGACCAGCUGAACCAGCUGAUCAUGGACCUGGACCCCACCUUCGUGCCCAUCCCCACGCGCACGGGCUCCGUGAAGAGGAACGGCGGCGGCAACCACGCCAACGGCCCCGCCACAGCGUGCACCAACGGCACCACACACAGAGUCAGUGGGAAUAGCAGAACCACGGUGCAGCCGGCAGCUGCUGCCCCUGGUGAUGUGCGUCCGGAAGGUGUCCGCUGCCUCAGCAGGCAGGCCAGCGAUGUCCCCGACCACCCGGCCACACCGCAGCAGCCGUGGGGGCUCAGGGAGGAGCUGGCCGACCGGGUCACCUUCCCUUCCUCCUGCUCUCCCCACACGCAGCAUGGCGGUAUCUUCCGGGCGGAGAGUCUGGACUACAGGAAUCAGAGUGUGGAACAGGACAGCGGUGUGGAGACAGGCAGUGACAUGGUGCCCCCCACCCCUGCCUUCCCUAUCUCACCACCCACUCCUUACAUCAAAAACAUGUCUGAAUUCCUGCAUCUCAGACAGACUCCAUCCCCCGGCAUGCAGAUGUACGGGGCAUACAGGACGGACCACGACUCAAGAGUUUACUCAGACAUCAUCUCCCACGCGUCAGAGGCUGGUGGCCUUCCAGACCACUCGCCCUCCUGCCACCACCCUUUUGCAUCCACACGCUCCGCUACCCUCGGGGGAACUCUGGCCCGAACAGAGAGCCCUCUCCAGUCCCCCUGGCAGGAGGGUUCCAUGCUGUUCCGGCAGGCCUCUCUGCCUCCUCAGCGCUCCGCCCCCGCCCCCAUCGCCGCCGUCGACUACAGCCACCACUCCCCGCCAGGAGGACACCACCCGGCCCCCAAGGCCCACAGCUCCCCCAGGGGCAGCCAGCGGAGCCGCGCCGCCCGCUACGCCUCCUGCAGGAGCCCCGCGCGCAGCUUCGACGAGCAGGACGGCCCCAGCUCUGCGGACUCCUUCGGGGGCCACACGGGGGAGCUGCUGAGCGAGGGAUCCCCUCAGCACCACCACCACCACCACCUCCAGCAGCACCAGCACCAGCAGCAGCAGCAGCAGUUCCACCAGCCGCCCCUGCUGCCGGAGAAGAGGAGGGCCUCCGACGGGGAGCACUCGCUGGGGUCUGCCUCGCCUGCCCUGAGCGGCUUUUCCAGCCCCCACAGCGGCAGCUCCCUCAGCAUCCCCUUCCCCAACGUGCUGCCUGAGGGGCAGGGCAGGGGCACCCCGGGCACAUCCUCGCCCUUGCCGGAUGUGCUGGUUAGCAAGCAGUUGACUGUCAAAUUUGUUCAGGACACCUCCAAGUUUUGGUAUAAGCCUGACAUCGCACGUGACCAAGCCAUCGCUGUCCUGAAGGACAAAGAGCCAGGCUCCUUCAUCGUGCGAGACAGCCACUCUUUCAGAGGCGCUUACGGAUUGGCUAUGAAGGUGGCCACGCCCCCUCCUUCAGUGCUGCAGCAGAGCAAGAAAGGGGGAGAUCUGUCCAAUGAGCUGGUUCGCCAUUUCCUCAUCGAGUGUACCCAGAAAGGUGUGAGGCUGAAGGGCUGUCCCAACGAGCCCUACUUUGGCAGCCUGACAGCCCUGGUAUGCCAGCACUCCAUCACACCUCUGGCUCUCCCCUGCAAGCUCAUCAUCCCCGAUAGAGAUCCUCUGGAGGAUGUCGUGGAGACUACCACCCAUGUAUCCAUCACAAACUCAGCCACAGAACUACUCAAGCAAGGAGCAGCUUGCAACGUGUGGUUCCUGGGCUCAGUGGAGAUGGAGUCUCUAACAGGCUACCAGGCGAUCCAGAAAGCCACCGGCGAGAUGCUCAGCCUGGAGCCUCUGCCGACGUCGACUGUGGUACACUUCAAAGUUUCGUCCCAGGGCAUCACUCUCACAGACAAUCAGAGAAAGCUUUUCUUCAGAAGACAUUAUGCUGUGACCACUGUGAUAUUCUGUGCCUUGGACCCUCAGGAUAGAAAGUGGAAGAGAGAUGGCUGCGCUUCAGCCAGGAUCUUUGGCUUUGUGGCGAGGAAGAGCGGCAGUGCCAUGGACAAUGUGUGCCACCUGUUUGCAGAGCAUGACCCUGAACAGCCAGCCAGCGCCAUUGUCAACUUUGUGUCCAAGGUGAUGAUUGGCUCCCAGAAGAACUAAGUGUGAACUCUCUCAAGGUGUAUGAUUGGUCACAAGGCCUUAAAUGAAGUGACCUUUGCCGUUUCCUCCUCCCACGAUCAGUGCCAAUGGCCUUGCAAGCCACUGAAUGCCAUGGACAGAUGGGAAGCCAGUUGCCAUAGCAAUGCUCUAUGGGAAGAACAGUUUGUUUUGUAAACAAAGAUUCUGAUCGCAACGAAACUGGCACUAGCAGUACUUUGAAAAUAGAGACCCAUAAUCAUUUAUGUAUAUUUAUGUAUUAGUAUGUUAAGAAACCCAUAUUUAUUUUCUCUCAUCGUUUCCAAACCAUUUCUAAGUGUUUUCUUUUUCCUAAGUCUUAAGUCUAAACUGUACGUAUAUGUGAAUCAACUCUGACUGCUUGAAGCUAUGUCAAUUGGCCUCCAUGAUGUAUCACGACAGAAAUGGAGAGUGAAUGGCUGGAUGCAGCUAUAUUGCAAAUAAUCAUCUCUAAAGAGUUUCAAUGGAUUUCACAAGUGUAACAGACAUGCUGCUUUUAGUGAAAGUGUAUGAAGUACUACUUGGAAUUACAGGACAGAUUUUUUUUUUACCAGUGUUGUUAAAGUAUAUGCGUUCUAUAUUUGGUCAUUUGUGAGAUGUCACUGACAAAAUGUGCGGUCAACCAAAGUCGUUUUAAAAACAAAAGUUAGUAUUGUUCCAACAUAUCCAAUUAAGACAGCAUGUAUAUGCUUGUGUCCAUCAGGAACAAAGCUAGAGGAUAACCUCCCCUUUAAACUAUGCAAAUUAUAUUUGUUUGUAUGUAAAUACAUUGAAACUGAGCUAAACGAUAUAUAUAUAUAUAUAUGCAUAUCUUUUAUGACUUCAAUCUCUAUUUUUUGCCCAAUUGUUUAUGCAUUCCUGCUGAAAAGCUUUGUCUUAAAGGACAUGGACAACCUAUCAAUUGAACAACACAGGUCUAUUUUUCUAUGUGUACAUUGAUAUAUGUAUAUGUAUUUAUGACUAGAUAAUGCUUUCCAUUAAUUCACUUACAUUCUAUUAUGUUUAAACCGUUAUGCUCAGAUACAUGCUAUUGGUCACAGAAUCCAGUCUUUACUCCUGAAGAUUUAAUUUUGACAGGCGAUUCUCUUCUAACAGUGACCUCAUUCCCCUUCAGCAUCCAUUGUGAUCAUUAACAGUUACAUGUAUAGUCCUGUAACACAUUCAGCCUUUUUUUAGACAUAAUUUACAAGAAAAAAAGAUUCAACACAAUAGGCUACACUCUGAUUCUAGAGUCAGCAUCAGCGGUGUCCGUUUAGUUUUCAUGUUUAGAAGCAUUAUGGAGUGGCAUAUUCAGCAUGUUGAUCAAAACAGUCUUGUUCUUAAAAAAGCUAGUAACAUAGUAUCACGUGUGCUGAUAUUCUGUUUGAGUGAUCCAAGCUGGUCAUGACAUUUGCCAUCUUUUAGUGCUGUUGCACUCAAACACAUGGCUGGUCUGUUGCAGUAGAAAAUGACCCUGGGCAGACAGUCGGAAGACAUGUGGACACUUGGAGCUUUAAAGCAACAUGGUCUCAAAUGAUGUUUCUUUGUUUUUGUGAAAAGAAAUUAUCCUAAGUCUAAUGGGACCACAGAGAAGUAUGGCGUUGAGUAUGAAUGCGUGCAUUCAUGUCGUUUGACUUUUUGUCAGGAUAUUUCUUUAUUUUGUGAGCUUGCGGCUCAGUUGCCAGAAAAUUGAAUGACACUGUAUUGUAUUUUCUAUGUAUGUUCUCCUGGUCUUCAUGAACUAUGGCCAACCACUCAGUUUAAAAAGUGGCAUUAUAAGAUGUGUAAAUAAAUAAAAAGGGAUGUCAUAUGCAUUAA